AUCCCUAUUCAUGUCUUCUUCCCUAGCUACUUAUUGAAAUUCCUGUUGAAUCGUCUGGGCAGAUCAUAUGCAUACUGUUGCUAAAUAUAGGAUAGGGUUAGCGAGAUGUUCCCAGAUGCCGGUGCAAGCCCAUACUUCCUACAAAAUCAGCAGCAGCUGUUCCAUGGAAUCAAUGGCAUUGGAGCGGACGCCGCCUUCGCCGGAGACGGCGGGCUGGCGGUGCCGGUGCCCGACACCCACCGCAGCGCCCUGCUGUACAACCUGUCCGUGCUCAAGGACAAGGUGCAGCAGCUGGAGCCGCUCGUCGGCCUCGCGGUCGGUCGCGGCCACGGCCACGUCGUCGACCCCGUGCUGCCCGGAGCCAGCGCCGUCGUCCAGGAGAUCAUCACCGUGGCCACAUCCAUGCUGUACGCCCUACAGCACCCUUACGGCCUCAGCGCGUUGACAACAUCCGGUUAUGACGCGGCCACGCGGGAGGGUGUGGUCGACGGCCAUGCAAAGAACGGCGCAGCGGAUGAUGACCAGGAGGCCAUGGUGGAUGCCAUGCGGCAGUGGCAGCAGCAGCACCAUGGUGGCGGCCACGACAUCCCCGGAAACUCCGCGGAGGCGGCCGCCGUGUCAUCUCCGACGCAAGCGACGACGGCCUCGGCGGUGGACACGACGAUCAUCGAGUUAGACGCGGCCGAGCUGCUGGCCAAGUACACGCACUACUGCCAGGUGUGCGGCAAGGGGUUCAAGCGCGACGCCAACCUGCGCAUGCACAUGCGCGCGCACGGCGACGAGUACAAGAGCAAGGCGGCGCUCGCCAACCCGACCACCAGGCUGUUCGCGACCUCCGGCGAGGACGCCGCCGACGCCGCGGGGAGAUCAAGGAACAGCAAGUACUCGUGCCCGCACGACGGGUGCCGGUGGAACCGGAGGCACGCCAAGUUCCAGCCGCUCAAGUCGGUCAUCUGCGUCAAGAACCACUACAAGCGCAGCCACUGCCCCAAGAUGUACGUCUGCAACCGCUGCAACCGCAAGCACUUCUCCGUCCUCUCCGACCUCCGCACCCACGAGAAGCACUGCGGCGACCACCGCUGGAUAUGCUCCUGCGGCACCACCUUCUCCCGCAAGGACAAGCUCGCCGGGCAUGUCUCCCUCUUCGCAGGCCACCAGCCCGUCGCGCCGCUCGCUGCCGGCAGGCACGGUAAGAGAUCCUCGUUAUUGUCCACGUCCUCCUCCGACCUUGUUGGAAACUGCGCCACCACCGGCUUCUCCAUUACAUGACAUGCAUUGUGCAAAGUAAUGUGAUACACGUACCUACCUACGUGAGCCCAUGAAACUGUAGAUAGAUACCCUGGAAAAUAUAUAGGGCUUGAUUACAGUAUGCAUGGAUUGUUUUGAAAAUAUAUAGGGCUAUCAUACCCUGGAAAAUAUAUAGGGCAUUCGUACGUCUAAGUUUUCUCUCCUCUUCUUUUUGAUAUCAACUAGCCAUACCCCAUGCGUUGCCUCCCACGAAUGGGAGAUUUGAUUUCUCAGUGUCGUAUGCAAUAUAAAUUCAUUUCUUAAGAUACGAAAUAUGUCGAAGAUUUGUACGACAAAACAAAAAUAUUAACUUGAAAGGUUGAAGAUUUCA